AUGAAGUUAUUAGGAAAAUUAAAAUUAAGCCUUUUUAAUUUUUUAACGUUUAUUUUGUUCCUGAAUGCCAGCGAUUAUCUGGAUUUCUUUAAAAAAGCUUGUAAAUAUGCUGAUAUAAACGAGAGAAUUAUACUGCUUGAUGAAUGUUUGCUCGAGUACAACUCCAUUGCAGAAGAUCAAUCAAUUAAUGAAUUUUUCAAAAAACGUGACAAUGUUCCUGAAGUGGUAGCGGCAAACAUGAAACUACAUAACAAUUUUUUUCAAAUCCUCAAAGAUAUGAAAAAUCUCAAAAUUUUGAAAUUAAGUAAUAAUAGUUUGAAAACGUUGCCGAAAAAUAGUAUAAACCACCUGACAAGUAUACAAGAAAUAGAAAUCACAAAUAAUUUGAUUGAAAGGAUUGAAAAGGAAACUUUUGAUGGUUUGUUAAAUUUGAGAAAAAUAAAUUUGAACUUUAACAAAAUUGUCUACAUUGAUCCGCAGACGUUUUUAAACACAACGAGCCUGCCAAACUUGCUAGCCAUCCUACUGGUAGGAAACAAAUUAGAAUCCAUCGAUGUUUGGCCGAUUGUAAGAGGGAUUAACAUAAAUGAUACUUACGUGAACGUUGGUGGAAAUAAAAUUAAAACAUUUUCCAACGAAUUAGGAUGGUAUUUCGAUUGCUCAAUGAGAAAGAAAUAUGAUUUCAAAUUUCAUUACAUUUUGGUAAGCAACGAAAUUAAAUAUCUAAAUGAUUUUUUUAAAUCAAUAUUCAAAACGGAAGUAGAUAUUCUGUGCCUCAGAGGGAGAAAGUUUGAAACUAAUGCUGUUAUAGAAAUAGAUGAUAAUAAUCCAUUCGUUUGUGACUGUGUCGACGGAAAUUACCUAACCAAACUUUCAUGGCUGACAAGGAGGGAUUUCAUGGUGAGAGCCCGCUGCAUAUAUCCUUACUUUAAAAAAUGGAUGACAUUGACGGAAAAUGAAAUGAUAUGUCCACAGACAACCGUCUCAUGUUUAGACGAUUGUGUGUGUGAUAAAGUAAAUAAAAUUUCUUAUAGAAUUGUCUGCUCAUCUCUUCAAACCUUACCGGAAAAACUGCCUCUUAGAACUUUAACAACAAAGUACAAAAAUCCUUACAAUUUGUCUUUAGCCAAAUCAAAUAUUAAACUUGUUGAAGAUCAUAACUAUUUUCAAGAUGUAAAGUGGUUAGAUAUAUCAAAAAAUGUUGUUAAAAAAAUAACAUCCGCAGCGUUGAACUCCAUUCUAAACAUCUCAACUGUGUACCUGCACUCCAACAAGUUGACGACGCUUCCACGAGUUGACGCCGUGAACGUGAAGACAAAAGAAUUGAGUCUCCACGACAACAAGUGGGAUUGCAACUGCGGGAAUGUUUGGUUCAAACGUUGGCUGCAAACAUUAAGGAGCAAGAACAUUUUGAUCGAACCAGAUAGCAUUUUCUGUCACACACCUCAGUGGUUAGAAAAUAGAACAAUCUUCACCAUUGAAGAGAAAGAUUUUUGUUCAAAUCCUAAUAUUAACGAAAAAACAUUUCUGGCAGCCGUGCUUGUUCCUAUAUUUGUUUUACUUCUUAUAAUCGUUGUUACUUACCAGCUCGUGAGAAGAUUCAAAGUGCAGUUGAACACAUAUCUGAAUAUCCAUCCAUUUGACAGAGACGAAUGUCUUGGAGAAGAUAUGAUGUUCGAUGCAUUUAUUAUCUGUUCCUCCGAAGAUCGAAUAUUCGCUAUCAAGUUAACUAAAUUUUUAGACCAAAAAGGAUAUCGCAUCUGUUAUCACGAAAAAAAUUUUCCAGUUGGCAUUCCACUGAGAACAAUUAUCAAGGAUGUGGUGAUCAAAACCCUUGAGAGGAAUAAAUCUAUCAACAAAAACAGGCUGAUUGUGCUUCUAUUUGCUUCUUUUGAAAAAGUCAGCCAGUCAAUGAUAUCUGACGAUGUUCGAUUCAUAUAUGACUAUCUGAAAAUGUAUACAUACAUUGAAGUUGACAGAUGUAACAAGUUUAUAAACCAACUGAUCUACAGCAUGCCGUUACAUAAAAUGGGUUCCCCGCCACAUUUUGAAUGA